AUGCCCAUGGCUGAGUCUCUGCACGCCGCUUUCACCCUGCUGAAGGUGUGGAAGCUCGCGGUGUGGAACGGCCUCGCCGCGGCCCUCGUGGUCGUGGGCCAGGAGGUGUUCACCAACUACGUGUUCCGGUGCCCCUGCGUCCACGACCUCAACGUCUACAUCGUCGCGGUGGUCUUCCUCGUCCCGGCCGCCGUUCUCCUCUGCGUCGGGUUCCUGCUGCAACCCGAUACCUGGAAGGCGGUGACCGCCUGCUGCCCCGGAGGAGUUGCUGCCCUCAAACAGAGGUGCAGCAGAGCAGCGGCAGCAGCACGUUCUGCUGAAGCCGAUGCUGUUGAAGCUGAAGCUGCAGCAGCUGCUGCUGCAGCAGCUGCUGUAGAGCUGCUGCUGCAAAAGCUGAUGCUAAAAAAGUUGAUGCUGCAAAAGCUGAUGCUGCAUCAGCUGCUAAAGCAGCUGAUGCAGCAGCUGCUGCAGAAGCUGAUGCAGAAGCUGAUGCUGCAGCAGCUGAUGCUGCAGCAGUUGUUGCAGCAGCACGUGCUGCAGCAGUUGUUGCUGCAGGACGUGCUGCAUCAGCUUUUGAUGCUGCACGUGCUGCAGAAACAACUGCUUCUGAUGCUGCACGUGCUGCAAAAGCUGAUGCUGAAAAAGUUGAUGCUGCAAAAGCUGAUGCUGCAGCAGCUGCUAAAGCAGCUGAUUCUACAGCUGAUGCAGAAACUCAUGCUGCAGCAGUUGUUGCAGCAGCACGUGCUGCAGAAACAACUUCUGCAAAAGCUGCUGCUGCAAAAGCUGAUGCUGAAAAAGCUGCUAUUACAGAAUCACGUGCUACUGCAGCAGCUAAACGUGCUGAUGAUGCAGUAG